GUGUGUGUGUGUGUGUGUGUCCCUGUGUGUGUGUGUGUGUGUGUCCCACCCUCCGCAUGUGCGAAUAACAAGAUUGCAAUAGGAAGAUCAUGUCGGUGGCGUUUGCUGCAGCUCGUCAGCGGGGGAAAGGGGAGGUCACUCAGGCCACCAUCCAGAAGAUGUUGGAUGAAAACAAUCAUUUGAUUCAGUGUAUCAUGGAUUAUCAGAGUAAAGGCAAAACUGCAGAAUGUUCUCAAUAUCAACAAAUGCUGCACAGAAACUUGGUUUAUCUGGCGACAAUAGCAGACUCCAACCAGAACAUGCAGUCCCUGUUACCUGCUCCACCCUCCCAAAACCUGUCCAUGGGUCCAGGAGGAAUGAAUCCAUCUGGAUCAAGUCAAGCUUUGCAUUCACAGAACAUUCCCAAUGAUGGAAUGGGAGGUGGCAUCCCCACAUCCUCACUAAUGCACAGCCAGAUGAGCAACGGUCCUACACACGUCUCGGUUCAACAGUCUGGCCAGGCCACAAUACCCAGCUCCUCCAUGACGAUGGCUGUCAAUAACCAUGGCACUGCGGGCGGCUACAGUCACUCUGUGCCCCCAUCACAAGGCAUGCAGAUGCAGAGCCAGACUCCAUCCAUGGCAAACUAUGGCUCCCGAACAAACAUGAGCAUGCAGACCAAUCAAGUUCCCAUGAUGCACCAGCAAGCGGCGAGCUCCCAUUACGGUGUAGCCCCAGGUGCUGGGCAGCAUUACCAGGGCCAGAGCACCAUGGGCAUGAUGGCACAGAGCAACCAAGGCAGCAACAUGAUGGGGCAAAGGCCAAUGGGGCCUUAUAGGUCAUCUCAACAAGGUUCUACUCAGCAAUACAUCGGACAGGAAGAUUACUAUGGUGAGCAAUAUGGACAUGGCCCGGGACCCACAGAAUCCAUUAAUCAGCAGUAUUACCCUGAUGGUCACAGUGAUUAUGCUUAUCAGCAAUCAUCCUAUGCCGAACAAGGUUACGAGAGGUCGUUUGAGGAAUCCUCCCAGCAUUACUAUGAAGGAGGUAACUCUCAGUACAGCCAGCAGCAGACAAGUUACCAGCAGGGACCAGCUCAGCAGCAAACCUAUUCCCAGCAGCAGUACAGCAACCAACAGAGCUAUGCAGGACAGCAGCAAGCAUAUGGUCCAACCCAAGGUGCCACGUCUCAAUACCCGGGUUACCAACAGGGACAGGGACAACAGUACGGGACUUACAGAACCGCUCAGCCUGGGCCCUCAGCACAGCAACAGAGGCCUUAUGGAUAUGAUCAGCCAACAGAUCUUCACCUUGGGGGUAAAGGCAGAUCUCCGAAGAUAAGAGGCAGUUUCAUCACCAGGAUCACUGAGACAUUCCCUGUAAAAUCUAACAGGUCUUCCUAUGAUCAGACUCUGUGCCUCUUUACACUGAUGUGCAAUAAUCCAGCUGAGGUGCUAGACGUGAGUGUGGGACUGCAAAUCAACACCGCCAGCACCGUGACUUCAAAUCAGAAAAGGGCCUCAGCCACAGCUUUGGAGGUACUGCAUACAGGCGCAGUACGGAAACUACCAGCAAUAGGAAACAGCUGAUUGCCAUCUCUGAAUAUAAUAUAUAUAUAUUAUAUAUACACAACAUCCUUUGUUGAU